CUACUGGCAGACGGAGGUUCCAAGACAGACGAAAUUGAAGACGACAUGUUUCAGCGGCGGAGUAAGCUUGCCACUGCUGGCGUGGCGAAAUCUGUAGAGCAGGAACAGGAGGCAAACGUUUUGGUUAUAUAUACAGGAGGAACGAUUGGCAUGCUUCGAAACCAAAGUGGAGUGUAUGAACCAAAAUCAAAUUAUAUGAUCCCCGAGCUGAAGAAGUUUCCAAUGUUCCAUGACAAAUCUCAGAGUGAGACGAAUGGAAGUAAUCUACUAGUUACGCCACUGAUGAGGAAUGGAAAAAGAGUGGUCUACCGCAUCAAGGAGUACAGUCCAUUACUAGAUUCUAGUAACAUGAGCAUGGAUGAUUGGUCAAAAAUAGCCAAUGAUAUCUCCUUGUACUAUGAUAAAUACGAUGGAUUUGUUGUCCUCCAUGGAACCGACACCAUGGCCUACACAGCGUCUGCCUUGUCCUUCAUGUGCGAGAACCUUGGUAAACCGAUCGUCGUGACAGGGUCUCAGAUUCCAAUUUAUGAGGUGAGGAGUGACGGUCGAGACAACUUCCUGUCAGCACUGGUGGUGGCAUCACAAUACAAAAUACCAGAGGUUUUAGUGGUGUUUGGGAACAAAGUUUUGCGAGGUAACAGGACGAUUAAGAAUGACUCCGGUAGUUUUGACGCUUUCAUAUCACCCAACAUAGCUUCUAUAGCAGAUCUGGGGACUGACAUCACAGUUAACUCGUUCCUUGUGCUUCAAAGAGACACUACACAACAGUUCUAUGUCCACCGUGAUAUAUGCAAGAAUGUGGGUCUGUUACGGCUUUUUCCCGGAAUAUCUGAACAGCUGGUGCGGUCCUUUCUCCAGCCUCCUAUGCAGGGAGUGGUGCUACAGUCCUAUGGGGCUGGUAACGCCCCUGACAACUGUCCCGGGAUUCUUAGAGCCAUCAAGGAAGCUAUCAAAAGAGAAGUUAUAAUCGUUAACAUUACACAGUGUACACGGGGAUUCGUGGAUGCUUCUUACGCAACCGGGAAGGCGCUGUAUGAUCAGGGCGUGAUACCAGGGGGUGACAUGACGGCAGAUGCAGCCUUCACCAAGCUUUCCUAUGUACUCAGUAAAGCUUCCUUGAGUAACAAAACCAAAACUGAGAUGAUGAAACAAAAUCUUCGUGGAGAAUGUACAACCCGGUAAAGACACUGAGGCUCUGGAGUCAGAUAGAGGUCCACAGUGGUCAGCAGAUGAAUGCCGCAAGUUUCUUACUGGAAAACAGUGAUAGGUGGAAAACGGAGGAUAUUUUGGAAAACACAGCGGAAAUGUAGGCCAGGAAAUCGGGAUACGAGGAAAUUCUCAAACUUGUAAAACAAAAGAUAUGGGAGAAGAGACCCACAACUUCUGAAAUAUCAUAUGUAAUAUCUUAUCAGAUAUAUGAACGAUACUCAGUUUAUUUUAUGCUUGAUCUAUCUAUGAACUGAUCUAAGUAUUUUAUAUAACCUGUAGAACUUACCUAUUGGAAUCAGCCAUUCUUUCCUGGUUUUCUCUAUCUUUUUUCAGUAGACAACUGUUCCAAGUUUUUUUUACAGGUAUUCACCUAGCUGUAAUUAGCAUUCAAUCAUUAGUAUGGUUCAAUGAGAUUAGAUAACAAUGCAUGCUUAUAAAAGUAAGUAUUAUGUAUAACCAUGCCAUUUUUUUUAUAUGAUUAACAUAUCUGUCAUGUGAUGUAUUUCUAUCAAAUCAUUAUCAUAUUAUCUGGCCUAUGAAAUAUUUUUGUUAUAUCAUUAACAUAUUAUCUGUCAUAUGUAAUGUUUUUGUAAUAUUAUUAACAUAUAAUCUAUCAUAUUUCGUAUUUUUGUUAUAUCAUUAACAUAUUAUCUGUCAUAUGUAAUAUUUUCAUUAUAUUAAGUCGGUUAAUGACUGUAUAUAAUAUAAUGACAGUCUUAACAGCAAUUUAUUUCGCGGAUAUUAUGUAAGCGUCUCUCAUUAUUUCACGGAUCAUUUUUGUGACCAAGUCAACGACCCGCAAAAAAAUAUAAAUACCAUCCCCACGAAAAUACAGAAUCUCAAUGUACAUGUACUCUAUGUUAAUUGGCAACACACAAAUUUUGAUGAUUAUUGUACAUUAGAGAAAUAUGUGUGAUCGUUCGAGAUAUGUUGAAGCAAUUUAAAUACAAACAGCUGGAACUUUGGAAUAUAUGCCCAUAGGAAAUAUAUACUUUCACUAUCUGUAUAAGUGUUAGCCCGAGUUUCCUCUGGCCCUGAACCAUGUUUGGUGAGACAUGGUGUCAGGGCAUGAGGAAACUCAGGCUAUAUAAGUGUAUGGUCGAAUUUUAAGCCCCGGCCAUAAUUUCAUGGUCGGGGACAUUAUUAUGGUAUAACUGUUUAGCUGUCAUUCUGUUUUAAUUAAUUUUUCACUCGAUCAUUUAUUCAACGGAUAGAUACAAAACUUAAUUUGGUAUGUCGUUGUUUACAAAUUAUGUGCAGCUCAAGUUCUGAUUUGGUCAUGAUCAAUUUAUUUUUCAAAAGUUAUAGCAUUUAAGUAAUUUAAAAAAUCACAAACGGUAGGACCUAAAUCUGAGAGCCUUGUCUUACUCCAGUGUGAAUGUCAAAAAAACAAUACUGUAUUAUAAAAAGAAACAUACAAAGUAUAUCGAGGGUACUCUGUAAAUGACAAUACGUGUAAUACAAAUGUUAAGUGACUUCACCUACAUUUUUUUUUUUUUCAUUGACAAAUUCCACUGUCGUGUUUCAGCACAAUGCUAAGCUUAGAGUUGAAAGGCAAAUAGGUAGUUGUUGGUAUUGUGUGUAAUGAUACAUGGAUGAAUAAAAUGAGAAAUGAUGAUUUAAAUGUCAUGGCUGUGAAUGAGAAUUGACAACUUGUGCUGUAAACCAAUUUAUUUUCAUGUGCGAUUAAUUUUCACAUAUUUCGCGGCCGAUUAUCAUCCGCGAAAACUAAUCGCCGCCAAAUAACUUCAAUUACAAUUAUAGUAGGCCUUUAAGGACUAUAAUUCACAAAAUUAUAUCUCUUUGAAAAGUCUUUAGGGAAGAAAACGUGAAAUUAAGAUAUAGGUACAAUGACUCUCGUUAGAUUUUGGGCCACAGUUGAGAUUCAAAUGAUUUUUUUUUAAAGGGAAGUAACUCCUGGUGAUCGUUGCCAUUCUGGUACAUUAAUUAAUUUUUUUUUUUCUUUAUUUUUUUUUUUUCAAUAUCGUCACCCUAACUAAGUGUGGACAUGUUGAUGUCAUCAUUUGUUAACAAGAAACGUGAGCGUGUGCUAUACAUACACUUUUAUAUAUAAACUUUCUUACUCUAAAUUCUUUUAUCUUUGUUAUACACAUGUAUAAAACUCACACACAUAUCACACACAUUACUUGCCUGGAGUAUUCAGCAAUUGUAAUAAUAGGUAUUCUGUAUUGGAAAAUUUCAAGUUGGAAUUAUAAGCAUUUUUUU